UCCACCAAGUCUGGUCUCUCACCGGCUGCUCCCGACCCAAAGUGCUCACUUCAUCUCUGUCUGACUGCGAGGGAACAGGUCGUCAUGCUGAGGAGCGGCGCGUUCAGAAACAUGCCUCAAGGGGAGGAGGUGAGGCUGCGCAGCGGGAGUCUGGCUCGGGAGAGGAAGCACCUUGCUUUGUGCAUCAAUAACAAGGAAGAAGUGAAGAGCUAUCAUCGCUGCUGCAGCCACAGUGGAGGGCCAGCACUUCAGAAGAUUGAGAGAAGCGAGGACGAUAACAAAAGCUUGUCUCAUCGAGAGCAGCGGCAGCACUUGGACAUAAAGGCCAUGAUCAUCCAGCGGGCCUGGCGAGCUAGUAUGUCCCGCAAACUGAGCCUAGAGGACGAGAAUCGCACCCGACAUGAAUGGGAAGAGACCAGGACCCCAGAGAGCCUCCACAACCCGGCGACGACUACAGAUAUUUUUCCGGGUCAGCUGAAGAGCCUCCAGAGUGGAUACAAACAUGUUGAUGAUGAAGCUCUCCAGCUGCCAGGUAAUCAUCUGACCAUGGACAUAGACAACAACAUCAAUAUUAACCUGCCGCCUAUGGAGACCAAGGUGUUGAUCAUCCAGCGGGCUUGGCGAGACUUUUUACAGAGACAGGAAGUGGAGAAAAGAAGCCCAUCCCCACCUUCGCUCUCCUCCUCUGACAAGAUGAGCAUGUCAAUCAGCAUGAUGACCCUGUCAGAUGGCAGCACCCCUGAUUUUCGGGAGGAUGGCAUGGACCUGGGGAGUGACGCGUCCAGUCGCUCCAGCUCAGAGUCCAACUCCAACAAGGUUACACCCUGCUCUCCUUCUCUUGACCUGGCCAAUCUGGAGGACUACAAAUCCUCCCCCUCCCCAGAUCUGGGAACUCUAGACGACUAUGAGGAGGAUGAGGAUUACCAGGAGUACAAGAAGAAGGUGAUAGAGGAGUGGGAGAGCGAGUACGGAGAAGACUACACCUCCCCACAGCCCGCUGGUGAAGAAGUGAGCAAAGAGGGCGUGGUGAGCAGUGGCGGCCUUGAGGAAGGCUACAGGAAGGCGGUGAAUGCUCGCAGCCUGGCCGAGGAAUUCCAGGAUGUGAAGACCGUGCCGCCCCUGCCGGCCCCUGGGGGACGCACCGCCACCUCUGUGGCGGCUGUCCCGGAAGAACUGAAACAGAACGGGAAUCUGAUUCUACCCCGGAGCCACCAGCUCCACUCCUCUAGCACGGCGGAGGGAGGCUCAGAGACUCCCAAAACUAGCCACCGCAGCUCCAGUCAGGGCAGAGGGAGCCGCAGGGUUGGUGGUGGCGGUGGAGGAGGAGGAGGAGAUGGUGGUGGAGAAGGAAGUGGAGGAACUGUUGGUCUGAUGCGGGGGUACAGAGAUGAGGAGGAAAGCGUGGAGGAGGAACCCCUGCCCACAAUGGAUUGGGCCGCCCUGGAGAGACACCUGGCUGGUCUGCAGUGCAGAGAGCAAGAGAACCAAAACCUGAACCACAACCAGAACCACAACAUGGGAAAGACCAGCUACACUUCGGCCCAGAAGAAUGAGAGGGAAUCGAUCAGGCAGAAGUUGGCCCUGGGCAGUUUCUUUGACGAUGGCCCGGGCAUCUACACGAGCUGCAGCAAGAGCGGUAAACCCAGCCUGUCUUCACGGCUGCAGAGCGGCAUGAACCUGCAGAUCUGUUUUGUCAAUGAUAGCGGCAGCGACAAGGACAGCGAUGCAGAUGACAGCAAGACAGAGACCAGUCUGGACACACCUCUGUCCCCUAUGUCCAAGCAGAGCUCCUCCUACUCGGACAGGGACACCACGGAGGACGACUCGGAGUCCCUGGAGGACAUGGACUUUUUGAGUCGACAGAAGAAGCUGCAGGCGGAGGCUAAGUUAGCCCUGGCGAUGGCCAAGCCCAUGGCCAAGAUGCAGGUGGAGGUGGAGAAACAGAGCCGUAAAAAGUCGCCAGUAGCUGACCUGCUUCCCCACAUGCCUCAUAUCAGCGAGUGUCUAAUGAAACGAAAUCUGAAACCUACCGACUUGAGAGACAUGACGCUGGGCCAGCUUCAAGUUAUAGUCAACGACCUGCACUCCCAGAUUGAGAGUCUGAAUGAGGAGCUUGUACAAUUGCUACUGAUUCGGGAUGAACUACACAUGGAGCAAGACGCCAUGCUGGUUGACAUUGAGGACCUCACCAGGCAUGCCGAGAGCCAGCAGAAACAUUUGGCUGAGAGGACCCUAUCCAAAUAAGAUGCCCGUCCCAUCCAGUCCCUGCUCAGAUCUGUUGCCCCUCUGCAAACUUUAACCCCUGCUCCAAGACAAACUUUUCCUCUCCGGAUCAUUUCCUCUGCUCCCCGUGUCUAUCCGAAACUUCCCCGCUUGUCCCAAGUAUUUUUGCUCCCACCCCGCUUCCCCCCCGUUUCCUGCCGUUUCCCACCCUGCCAACUCACUGACUUCACCGGUAGCAACAGCACAGAAGAAAAGACACUCUCUCAAACUGCUUCUCCCAGCACCGAAGGACGGAGCAGCGCUUCCUACUUCCCGGGAGAAGAGGGAAGCUGAUUGUGUGUCAUCAUAGAUUCUGUCCCCCAGGCUUCCUGUGCAGUAAUCGGCCUUGCUUUGCUGCUGUUUCUUUUCAACUUUCUACAUUUGCCACUAAAUUAUAACUGUUCAAAUGCAAAAAAAAAAAAAAAAAAAAAAUGUGGAAAAGAAUAAAAUAAUAGUUAAAACUUUAGUAGAAAGUCAGUCAUGAGAAGAAGAAGAAAAGAAAAAAAACUGUAUGACAAGAAAACUUCAAACUAACUUCUUCAGAUCAUUUUAAGUUGGACUCAACGAUGAACCGUUUUUAUUCUGCACAAAAGGUAGUUUUCAACUGAGAAAUGUUUGUCCGAAGGUGUUAAAACGAGUGUAAAAGGAAACAUGCCUGCUUUGUAGUGGAGUUGUAGACUUUGGUAAUACGUUCACUCUGAACUGCUCUCUCAGCAUUUUGUGAAUGUUGAAUCUUUCUGACACGAGUCAUUUCAAAUGAAUAAGUGUGUUAAUAUAAUUUUCAUCCUGCUGUAUUCAGAUGCUUUAUUUGAGGGAAGAAAUGUUUAUGUACAGAUAUGUAAAAUAAAGAAUAAACUUGGUUUCGUAA